AAUGGAGUUACUAUGGUAACAGGGUGUCAACAUCAAGUAGUUGUGUUUUCAUGUGGCCACUGCUAGUUAACCCGUCAGCAAUCCUGCAUCCUAUCAACAAUGGCUGAAAUGUCUGCUAUGAAUAGAAAAUUGAUUCAGAAUCUCGCUGAAACUCUUUCUAAACAAGUCAAACACUUUAACAAAACAGAAGCAGAGUGUCUGAUCCGACUGUUCAAUGGUCUCCUGGGGGAUCAGAGUGACAGGAGGGUAGGGAAUGGCCUGGACAGAGGAAAAUUCAGGAAUAUUCUACACAACACCUUUGGAAUGACUGAUGAUAUGAUUAUGGAUAGAGUAUUUCGUGCGUUCGACAAAGACAACGACAGCUACGUCAGUGUGAAAGAGUGGAUUGAGGGACUAUCAAUCUUUCUCCGUGGAACAUUGGAUGAAAAGAUUAAGUACUGCUUUGAUGUGUAUGACUUGAAUGGAGAUGGGUACAUUUCCCGGGAAGAGAUGUUCCACAUGCUGAAGAACAGCUUGAUCAGACAGCCCACAGAGGAGGACCCAGACGAGGGCAUCAAAGACCUGGUGGAGAUCACACUCAAGAAGAUGGACCAUGACCACGACAGCAGACUGUCCUAUGCAGACUUUGAAAAGGCAGUGAGAGACGAGAAUCUAUUGCUUGAAGCUUUUGGAACCUGCCUUCCCGAUGCCAAGAGCAUAUUGGCAUUUGAGCAGCAUGCAUUCCAGGAUACACUUGAGCAUUAAGGACAACACUACUUUAUUCAUGAAACUGCAAAAUAUAUAAACAAAUAAAAAUAUAUAUAAAAACACUUCUUAUACUCUGAUGGGAAAUAUACAAAUAAAACAUGUCGAGAAAAGAUGAAGUACUGUUUAAUUGGUGUAAAGUCUAGGAACUUGUAUGCAAAUGUAUGCAUCAUCUUCUGUGUGAUGCUGUCCGUUUCGGAACAUGUAGUCUGUUCUGUCGUUCUGCCCCUGAUCAAGGCAGUUAACCCACUGUUCCCCAGGCGGCGAAGACGUGGAUGUCGAUUAAGGCAGCCCUCCACACCUCUCUGAUUCAGAGGGGUUGGGUUAAAUGAGGAAGACACAUUUCAGUUGAAUACAUUCAGUUGGACAACUGACUAGGUAUCACCCUUUCCUUUUUCCCUGUUAGAUUAACUUCCGAGGCUUUCCUGGCUUUGUCUUCUUCUCUGUUGGCUUGACUUCAGGAACUGAUGCUACCU